CCACAUCUAGCUGGCUAGCUCCAUCACCACGGAAUCACACAGCAUGGGUCUAGCUCGCCGCCACCUCCACCACGCCACUGUCGGGGCGCUCCUCGCCGCCGCGCUCCUGCUCUCCACCGCCGUCCCGGGCGCCAUGGCUCAGGAGGAAAUAGAGGGCGAGCACGAGUUCAGCUACGACCCGCACGCGGAGAACGGGCCGGAUGGCUGGGGCGAGAUCAAGCCGGAGUGGGCGACCUGCAGCGAUGGCCGGUGGCAGUCCCCCAUCGACCUCUACCACCACCGCGCCAUUCGGCGCGACCUCGGUUACCUCAACUACUCCUACAAGCCCGCCGAGGCCUCCAUCGUCAACCGCGGCCACGACAUCAUGGUAAAAUUCAAGGGCGACGCCGGGAGUCUGGUGAUCGACGGCACGGUGUACCACCUGAAGCAGCUGCACUGGCACACGCCCACCGAGCACGCCCUCAACGGCCACAGGUUCUCCAUGGAGCUGCACAUGGUGCACCAGACCCCGGAGAAGAAGACGGCAGUGGUCGGCAUCCUCUACAGGGUCAGCAACCUCGCCGACCCGUUCCUGAAAAGUCUGCAGCCCGCCAUCGAGCGCUUGCGCGGCAAGGAGGAGCCCAUCGGCAAGGUGAACCCCAACCACGUCGGCCUCACGGGCAGCUCGUACUUCCGCUACAUGGGCUCCCUCACCACGCCGCCCUGCACCGAGGGGAUCAUCUGGACCGUCAUCCCCACGCUUCGCCUCGUGGCCUCGGACCAGCUGGAUCUUCUCAGGGAGGCAGUGGAUGACGGCUUUGAGAUGAACGCUAGGCCGCUUCAGGAGGUGAACCACAGGACCAUCUGGUUCCGCCCUCAGCCCCACGUAUCUGUGGAGUAAACAUUACUGGUGAUACAUGCAUAUUGGGCUAGCUGAUCAGAUCAGGGACACCGCAUUGCGCAGCUUAUUAUGGCAGGCGAUCUCUUUAUGUAUCUUGUAAUUCUCUCUAUUUUCCCUAAAUAAAGCAUGGCAUCAUCUAUGUCCACAUUAAUUGAUGGCCUUGCAUGCAUGUUUGGAAGAUUAAAGUUUACACGAUGA